AUGGAAGGAUCCAGCACCGUAGAAAUGAUAGUCAACGAUCCGCCAAGCGAGGCCGACGAGGUAUUUUUUUGUUAAAGUCUUAAAAAAUUCGAAAAACUAAUCGCAGUGAAGCUUCAGAACGUCACGGAUCCGUCGAAAGGCGUGAAAAGAGUGGCAAACUCGCCACCGGAGAAAGAAGCCAAAAAACCAAAGGUAGUUCUGAACAUUUCCGUGAAAAUCCAACUAAAAUCCCCAGAAUAUCGUUCAGCUAUCAAGUGAUUCGUCGCCGACGUCCUCGAUCGAACUCACCGACGGAUCGCCGCAAAAAGACGCUUCGACGACGCCGAAAACGCCGAGAACUCCGAAAAUAACGAGGGAGGAGCGCGAAAAGUUGAGAAAAGAAAGAAUGGAGGAGAGGGAGAAACAACGGGCGGAACGGGAACGGAUUCUCGAGGAAAAACGACUAGAGAAGGAGAAGGCGGCGGAGGAGAAACGAAUGGAGAAGGAGAAGAAAGAAAAGUGAGUUUCAGGCUGAUCUUCUUUGAAAUUUUCCCAUUUUUGCAGAGAAAGACUCGAGAAAAAGCUGGAAGAAGACCGUAAAAAGGAGGAGAAGCGUCGAGAAGCGGAGGAGAAGAAAAAGAAGGAGGAAGAGGAAAAACUGAAGAAGGAGGAGGAGAAAUUGAAGAAAAAACGGGAGGAGGAAGAGCGGAAAGAGGCGAAACGAAAGGAGGAAGAGGAGAAGAAGGAGGCCAAGCGGAAAGAGGAAGAGGUAUUCAAAAAUUGAAGAAAAAUCCAGACAUUUCCUACUUUUUCAGGCGAUCGAGGAGAAAAAGCGUCGCGAAUCGGCGCGUUUUCUCGGUUUCUUCUCGAAAGUGGAAAAGAAGAAAGCGCUCGUCGAGGAGGUCUCCAUUUCCACGUGGUACCGCCCGUUCGAGCUGAAAGACGGAAUGACGCUGGCUCCGAUUCGUUGCGGCGACCCUGUCUCGCCGGAUUUCGACUUUUUCGCGAACCAGGACUUGACCGUAUAGAAUGUAUGGAAAAUUCCACCAAAAAUUCUAAUUUUUGCAGGUGACGAUCGCUAAAUUCCUGGAAACAGCCGAGAAGCCAGUGUUCCUUCAGUCAAAGUGAGCUUUUUUCGUGUUUCGCUCACAAAAAUCCCAUUAUUUUACAGGGGAAUGCGCGCGAAACUGUUCCAAUUCCACGACAAUCGCCGUCCGCCGUACUUUGGAACCUGGCGAAAAAAAGCGAAAAACAUCAAGGGAUGGCUUCCGUUUGGCGAGGAAAACGGACUCGAUUACGAGGUUGUUUCAUCAGCCACUUUGAACUGAUUUUUGUAAAGUUUUCCUAAUCUUUGGACCAAGUUUGGGCCUGCCGGGCCGCAGAAUUCCAUUUCGGCCUAUUGCAGUCUGAUUUUGUGGAAAUGAAGGGACUUUUACAAACAUUUUCAGGCGGAUUCCGACGAUGAAUGGGAGGAGGAACCGGACGGCGACGAGUGCGAUUCUGACGAUGACAAUGUGAGUUUCAGUCUGGAAAUCGAGAGAAAAAUCACUUCCUUUUUUCGUUUUUCUAAGGAUUUCUAAAGCAUUACUUCAAAUUUCUCCAGGGCUGGGCAAUUGACCGGCCCGGGCUUGGGCUUUUUAACCAUUUGCAAUAUUCCAGUUAGGCCCAAACUUUGCAGACUUUUUAGACUUGGAUUUAAGUCUGUUGGGUUCAAAUUGGCCCAAAUACCGGGCUUUUCAGCCAAAAUCGGAAGCCAAUUACCAAGCCCUGUUGUUUUGUCAAUUUUCCAACAAAAACCGCAAUAUCUCAUUUCAGGACAAGGAGGAAGAAGGCGAGGAGGACGAGGACGACGGAUUCUUCGUGCCGCCGUGCUAUUUAUCGGACGGAGAGGGCGAGGAGGACGUGACUUCGGACACGGAAGGAUCGGAAGUGCGGAAGGCAGAAAAGAAGACGAAGAGGAUCACGAUCGACUCGGACGGGGAGCACGAGAUGGAGGAGGGGGAGGGCGGCGACGCGGAGGAUCGUAAGGCCCGGCUGGCGGCGAGGGCCUCCGAGUGGUCGAAGCGGACCGAGAAGAAGAAGGUGAAGGCGUUGGUGCCGAGGGCCGUCGGACCCGAAUACGUCAUCCCGGAGAUCCCGGCGCCCGAGUUCAAGUUCAUGGGCGCCAUCAACUUUUAUUAA